GCUUGCUGAGUAACUCCUGCAAGUUACUUCUCUGAGUUUCAGUUUCUUCUUUUGUAAAUUAAACAGUUUGGAUGAUAUCAUCUUCCGAUUUUACCAGUACACACUCCUUCUUGAAGCUUAUGGUAUACACUUAUUCAAAGCCUAGUGCUAGGAGCUGUAUUUCUUCAUUCAAAUUACACUCGGUUAUUUCAGGCAUAACAUAUAAAUCAAUUACUUGGAUUUAAUAACAGGGUUAAAGCAAAUACACUACAACUUUUAUUUGUCCUUUUGGAAUGUUUCAUCUUCACAUGCCCCUAGUGGUUAAACAAUUGAUUUGGCCUGUUAAGGAAAUACCAGUUUCUCAACUUUGUAAGGCUGACAACUUGGCUUCUGAUGUGAGGUUACACGAACUAAAUAAAAUGUCAUUCUUAAACACUAACAAUUUUCCACUCACUCCUCCUUCCUUCACCCCUGAGGUUUGGGAAUGUUUUUCAUUAACGUGACAAUCAUUAGUCAACCCAUCUAAUCAAAUACGAAUCAAUCUUAAAAACAAUGGACUUAAAUAGGUUCAUUAUGGAAAACGAAAUUCAAUGACAAAUAUCCAUAUGUUUAUGAAGAACUUUGUAAAGCUCACAGGACCAAACGCCUAGAUCUCGGAGAGUAUGUGUGUGUGAGGGGGUUGGAUAAUUGGACCAAAACCACCGAAUGAAGCACUUGGCCCCAUCAGUGGGAAGCGGGGUUGGAAAACACAGAAAAGCUGGCGUCCAGAGCAGGCAACUGCGUUGGAUUUUAAGUUGCACCCCUUACCCAAACCCAGGCUCUGCCUCUCGACUCCAUGCGACGCUUCUCCACACCCCUGCGACUUGCCAGUGUAUCUGAGACUAUUCUAGACAGAGAUUAAGUUCGUCCUUGGCCCCUAACGUGCUGGAAACAAGUCGGUCAGGCCAGGUGUCGAGUUGGGAAGCGGCCCAAGUCGUGGAGCUCUGGGUGUCAGGGCUGGUGAAGGUUUAUGGGGCGCCUCGGCAAAGACGCGGGAACAGAGUGUUGUGUCGUGUGGCUCUACUUUAGCGAAGAUUCCUCGAGCUGACUUCUAGGAGGCGGACACUCCUCCAUGCCUCCCCACUUAGCCUGGCCGCAGGCAUGGACUGCAGGUGCCCGCAGCACGAAGGCCCAGAGCUAAGAACGGACAAUGCAGAUUCUGAAGCACUGCUGGGACCCGCAUCAGAACUCAACCCAAGCUCUACCAAGUCUGGUGGCGAGAUAAUUACUGCACUGUUGGUGGUGACAUUACACUUGGAAUGUUUCACAAAAGUCCUUAGGGCCUCUCUGUUUCUGGGCCUCUUCCACUCCAGAGGCUCCAGUUUCAAGGAAAGCUCCCCUACGAAACUGGAAACUUCACUGGUAAGAAGAAGAAACGCGGCGGGACUGCAAUCCCCACAAGCCGUGGCGGGACCUCAGCAUCCGGGACACCGACUGCAAGGAUCCCUGGGUAUUGUGGUCCAUUCCUUUGGCAGCAACCCUCUGCCGACGGUAAAAUUCCAGCCGAACCGAGGACCACAACUCCCAGCAACCCUUGCUGCCGUGCGGGGGGUCUUCACGUUCUCGUGGCGCGGCGCAGGCGCACUCGGUCCUCGGCGCGGACCGCGCAGACUGAAUAAUAAAAGGGGAGCGGCGAAGAGGCAGGAAGACAGGACCAUGUCGAAGGGCCCCGGGCCCGGCGGCUCCGCAGCUUCCUCGGCGCCCCCGGCCGCUACCGCUCAGGUGCUGCAGGCACAGCCCGAGAAACCGCAGCACUACACGUACCUGAAGGAAUUCCGCACGGAGCAGUGCCCCCUCUUUGUACAACACAAAUGCACUCAGCACCGGCCCUACACCUGCUUCCACUGGCACUUCGUGAACCAGCGACGUCGCCGGUCCAUCCGCCGUCGGGACGGCACCUUCAACUACAGCCCCGACGUCUACUGCACCAAGUACGACGAGGCCACAGGCCUCUGCCCGGAGGGCGACGAGUGCCCAUUCCUGCACAGGACCACAGGGGACACUGAGCGCAGGUACCACCUGCGCUACUACAAAACUGGAAUCUGUAUCCAUGAGACAGACUCAAAAGGCAACUGCACCAAAAACGGCCUGCACUGCGCUUUUGCCCACGGGCCCCAUGACCUCCGUUCCCCUGUCUACGACAUCAGAGAGCUCCAGGCGAUGGAGGCCUUGCAGAAUGGCCAGACCACAGUAGAGGGCAGCAUAGAGGGCCAGACGGCUGGGGCUGCGAGCCAUGCCAUGAUAGAAAAAAUUCUCAGUGAGGAGCCACGGUGGCAAGAGACCGCUUACGUGCUGGGGAACUAUAAGACGGAGCCAUGCAAGAAGCCCCCGAGGUUGUGCCGCCAGGGCUAUGCCUGUCCCUACUACCACAACAGCAAGGACCGGAGGCGGAGCCCCCGGAAACACAAAUACAGGUCAUCUCCGUGUCCCAACGUAAAACAUGGGGAUGAGUGGGGAGACCCUGGCAAGUGUGAGAACGGAGAUGCCUGCCAGUACUGUCACACCCGCACGGAGCAGCAGUUCCACCCAGAGAUCUAUAAAUCCACCAAGUGCAACGACAUGCAGCAGUCAGGCAGCUGUCCCCGAGGACCUUUCUGCGCCUUUGCCCACGUAGAACAGCCACCCCUCAGUGACGAUCUACAGCCUUCCUCAACCGUGUCGAGCCCCACUCAGCCGGGUCCUGUCUUGUACAUGCCAUCUGCUGCCGGAGACUCGGUGCCCGUGAGCCCUUCCAGCCCGCAUGCCCCUGACCUCAGCACUCUCCUCUGUAGAAACAGCAAUCUAGGAAGCCCAUCUAAUCUCUGCGGCUCCCCCCCGGGCUCCAUUAGGAAGCCCCCAAACCUGGAAGGCAUUGUCUUCCCUGGGGAGUCUGGCCUCGCCCCUGGCAGCUAUAAGAAGGCUCCUGGCUUUGAGAGGGAAGACCAGGUGGGAGCUGAGUACCUGAAAAAUUUUAAAUGCCAGGCCAAGUUAAAACCCCACUCACUAGAGCCCAGGAGUCAAGAGCAGCCUCUUCUUCAGCCCAAACAGGACAUGCUGGGUAUCCUUCCCGUGGGCAGCCCCCUGACCUCAAGCAUCUCUUCUAGUAUCACCUCCAGCCUGGCAGCUACUCCUCCUAGCCCUGCCGGCACCAGCAGCGUCCCUGGCAUGAAUGCAAAUGCUCUGCCCUUCUAUCCCACCAGCGAUACGGUAGAGUCAGUCAUAGAGUCUGCCUUGGAUGACUUGGACCUGAACGAGUUUGGGGUGGCUGCUCUAGAGAAGACUUUCGAUAACAGCACGGUGCCCCACCCAGGCAGCAUCACAAUUGGUGGCAGUUUGCUGCAGAGCUCUGCACCCGUGAACAUCCCUGGCUCCUUGGGCAGUUCUGCUUCCUUCCACUCAGCAUCCCCAUCCCCUCCCGUCAGCCUGUCCUCACAUUUCCUGCAGCAGCCCCAGGGCCACCUGAGCCAGUCGGAAAACACAUUUUUGGGGACCUCAGCAUCACAUGGAUCUUUGGGUCUGAACGGGAUGAAUAGCAGCAUCUGGGAGCAUUUUGCCUCUGGUAGCUUCUCCCCAGGCACUUCCCCUGCCUUCCUGUCAGGGCCAGCUGCUGAGCUGGCCCGGCUGCGGCAAGAGCUCGAAGAAGCUAAUGGCACCAUCAAGCAGUGGGAGGAGUCCUGGAAGCAGGCUAAGCAGGCUUGUGAUGCCUGGAAGAAGGAGGCAGAGGAGGCCGGUGAGCGGGCCAGUGCAGCAGGUGCCGAGUGCGAGCUGGCCCGGGAGCAGCGGGAUGCACUGGAGGGGCAGGUUAAGAAGCUACAGGAAGAGCUGGAGCGGCUUCACUCGGGUCCGGACCCGCAGGCCCUACCCGCCUUCUCUGACCUGGAGGCCCUCUCGCUCUCUACCCUUUACUCCCUCCAGAAGCAGCUGCGGGCCCACCUGGAGCAAGUGGACAAGGCCGUGUUCCACAUGCAGUCGGUGAAAUGCCUUAAGUGUCAGGAGCAGAACCGAGCGGUGCUGCCGUGCCAACACGCCGUGCUGUGCGAGCUCUGUGCCGAGGGCAGCGAGUGCCCCGUCUGCCAGCCCAGCCGGGCCCACACCCUCCAGUCGUGACCCUGCAGGCCCGGCCCCGGCCUGGCUCAGAUCUUCUUACCUAGGACUUUUUAAAGUAUAUAUAUAUAUGUAUGUAUGUAUGUAUGUAUGUAUGUAUAUGUAUAUGAUUCUGUAUAUGUAUACAUUUCUGUACGUGUGCAGGUAUGCGUGGGCAGCAGUGUGUGAACAGUGUCUGUGUGUAUAUCUGUACAUAGAUAUAGACACACACUUUAAAACAGACUUACCAAGCACUUUUUAAAAGAAACUAUUUUGCAGCCCUCCCCUUGCCCACUUCUCUCCUUUUCCAUUGCAGAGACAAAGUCCCUUCAUUGCCCACCGGCCUUUUGGCAGGGGAUGUGUUUCUGUCUCUUUUUAAUGUAGGGAAACUAACUAGUUUUAAUUUCUUCUUGGGGCCCAAGCAGAAAGCUGGAAGGGGCCGAGGGGAGGGACCCAGCCUUCAGGGCAGGCCCUGUUCACUGCACCUCCCCAGGCCAGGGUGAGAGCCAGGGAUGUGGACAUCCCGGGAACAGACCUGCUUCCCAGCUGUGAGGCUCGAGGAGGUGGCUGUGCUGGGGUCUUAGCUGGCCUGGCUCCUAGGUUUACCAAAUGUAUAUUUAGUCUGGGGCUGGCAGGCCAAAGCUGCAGAAGCCAGCCCCACUCCCAACCCUGGGCCCUUGAAGCUCCUGGAGGGGCAAGGCCUGGGUGUUCUAUCCCUCAGGUUCCUGAGGCCAGGGGUCCGCCUCAGUCCUCUCCCUCUGGGCCCCCAGAGCAGCCUCCCUGGCCCCAGGACCCCCAACCAGACUGGCACUGCCCUCUUCCUAACCCCCCAGCUGCUGUCAGCUUCCCCCCCUUUCCCCUCCCUCCCUCUGGCAGCUAGCAGGGCAAUGGGUGGGGAGGAGCUGCGGACUGAGGACCAAGGUGGGGCUUAAGCCCUGCCCUCCUCAUGGGAGGGGCUCCGUAUGCAUUCCUUGGUGCUCUCUGAGUGCAGCUGACGUCCUGCCCUUUGGAGCGGACGCCUGUAUACAUGUGUGUGCGUGCCUGUCCAAUGUAUAUUGUGUCUUAGCUUCCAUUUUAAAAAUUGUUCUGUACAGAAAGAUGCAGCGGGGGCGGGAGGGCAGAGCAGGUGGAGGGAAGCCACCCUGCUCCCAGCGCUGGGGGUCUGGGGAUGGGAGCGAGAGGGCUGUGAAGGGUCUGGCCUGGCCCAGGCUCCCCCUUGGGCUCAGCACGAAAGGGCUUUCAAUGAAUUAAGUGAAAACUUUUUUUUACAAAAAUGCAAAAAUCAACAAAGCUCCAAACCUAUUGGAAAUAAAAUAUGAACUUACA